AUGAAACUGAUCAUCUUAGCAGCAGUUAUCGGCGCGUGCGCAGCCGGUGCCCUACCCGGGUACGUUGCUCCACAAUACCGUGGUUAUUACGAGCGGCCAAGAGCAGCUCUUGAGAGGAAUGCUGCCAUCAUCAGAUCAGUGUCGGAUGUCAACGAACAGGGAUACCACUUCGCUUAUGAUACCGAGAAUGGAAUCCAAGCUGAAGAAACCGGCCGCGAAGCUAAUGGAAUCCAAGCAGCUGGCGGCUACUCCUACACGGGAGAUGACGGCCAGCUGUACAGCGUGAGGUACACAGCUGACAGCAACGGCUUCCAGGCCCAAGGAGCUCACCUCCCCACCGCUCCCCCAGUACCUGAGGCCAUCGCUAAAGCCCUUCAAGAGAACGCUCGCGACGAAGCCAAUGGAAUAUUCGAUGAUGGGAGUUACCACGCCGGUAAAUACGACUCGGGAGUAUUCGCCGCACGUACCUACGCUCCACCAAGACUCGUUGCUCCCUUCAGAAAACCAUACUACUUCUAG